GAGGGAGGCCAGCGAAGGCAGCCUACCGCCUGCCCGGAGGCCAGUUUCACAGCCCGGCGAGGAGAAGGAGGGGAGAAAGAGGACGGGCGAACGAAAGCCCGUUUCAGCCACCGGGCUCGGGAUUCCUGGAUGUUGGAGUAAGCGAGGAGGACGAGGAGCCGGCUCAGGAAUGUUGCGGCGACUCCAUCCGGGCAGCUGGAAAAGGAGCCCUUUCCUGCUCCAACUGCUUCUGUGGCUGCACACCCGGAGCCUGGCCGAACCCGCCGCUCCAGGAACAAAUGUGUCAGCUACCGCUGAUUUAAUGCCUGCGUCAAAUUGGAACAUGUCAAAUGAAGUAGAUAAAGAUUAUUUCUUAACGCUUGAUGAGCCAAUGAACAAUAUCACCACUACUCUGGGUCAGACUGCAGAACUGCUUUGUAAGGUUUCUGGUAACCCUUCUCCGACGGUGCGUUGGUUGAAAAAUGACGCUCCUGUUGUGCAAGAACCCAGGAGGAUAUCCUUUCGUGCCACAAGUUAUGGGUCCCGAUUACGAAUAAGAAACCUUGAUACCACAGACACCGGCUAUUUUCAGUGUGUGGCGACAAAUGGCAGGAAAACAGUCUCUACAACUGGGGUGUUAUUUGUAAAAUUUGGUCCUCCUCCAACAGCAAGACCAGGAACAUUGGAUGAAUAUGAGGAGGAUGGAUUUUGUCAACCAUAUCGGGGAAUUGCAUGUGCAAGAUUUAUUGGAAAUCGAACCAUUUAUAUGGAAUCUCUGCAUAUGCAAGGAGAAAUAGAAAAUCAAAUUACUGCUGCCUUCACAAUGAUUGGAACUUCCAGUCAUUUAUCGGAUAAAUGUUCACAGUUUGCUAUUCCAUCGCUGUGCCAUUAUGCUUUCCCAUAUUGUGAUGAGACUUCUUCCGUUGCAAAACCACGAGAUCUGUGCCGGGACGAGUGCGAGAUUCUGGAAAACGUGCUUUGCCAAACUGAAUACAUAUUUGCAAGAUCCAAUCCUAUGAUUUUGAUGCGGUUGAAGUUGCCGAAUUGUGAAGAUCUUCCCCAGCCUGAUAGCCCUGAAGCUAUCAACUGCAUCCGUAUUGGCAUCCCUAUGGCAGAUCCAAUCAAUAAAAAUCACAAAUGCUUCAACAGCACAGGAAUGGACUAUCGGGGGACCAUCAGUGUAACAAAAUCUGGGCGACAGUGCCAGCCAUGGAACUCCCAGUAUCCCCACACUCACACAUUCACUGCUGUCAGGUACCCAGAGCUGAAUGGAGGCCAUUCCUAUUGCCGAAACCCAGGCAAUCAGAAAGAGGCACCCUGGUGCUUCACCUUAGAUGAGAAUCUCAAGUCAGAACUUUGUGACAUCCCUGUCUGUGAUCCAAAAGACUCCAAGGAAAAGAAUAAAAUGGAAAUCCUUUAUAUAUUGGUGCCCAGUGUUACAAUUCCUCUGGCUAUUGCCUUACUGUUUUUCUUCAUCUGUAUUUGCCGAAAUAACCAGAAAUCAUCUUCUCCACCUGUUCAAAGACAGCCUAAGCACGUCAGAGGACAGAACGUAGAGAUGUCUAUGCUCAAUUCAUAUAAACCAAAGAGCAAAGCCAAAGAGCUGCCCCUUUCCGCCGUCCGAUUUAUGGAAGAGUUGGGUGAAUGUGCUUUUGGGAAAAUCUAUAAGGGACACCUUUAUUUACCAGGAAUGGACCAUGCUCAGCUGGUUGCAAUAAAGACCCUUAAGGACUGCAAUAAUCCACAGCAGUGGACAGAAUUCCAGCAAGAAGCCUCACUGAUGGCCGAAUUACAUCACCCAAACAUCGUUUGCCUUCUUGGGAUUGUGACACAAGAGCAACCAGUCUGUAUGCUUUUUGAAUAUAUGAACCAAGGCGACCUCCAUGAAUUUCUUAUUAUGCGAUCUCCACAUUCAGAUGUUGGAUGUAGCAGUGAUGAGGAUGGUACGGUAAAAUCCAGUUUGGACCAUGCUGAUUUUCUGCACAUAGCUGUCCAGAUUGCAGCAGGAAUGGAAUAUUUGUCGAGUCAUUUUUUUGUCCAUAAGGAUCUGGCUGCUCGCAAUGUUUUAAUUGGAGAACAGCUCCAUGUGAAGAUUUCUGAUUUGGGACUGUCAAGAGAAAUCUAUUCCGCCGAUUAUUACAGAGUUCAAAAUAAGUCCCUCCUGCCCAUUCGUUGGAUGCCCCCAGAGGCAAUUUUAUAUGGAAAAUUCUCUUCUGAUUCAGACAUCUGGUCCUUUGGUGUUGUCUUGUGGGAGAUUUUUAGUUUUGGUCUUCAGCCCUAUUAUGGAUUCAGUAACCAAGAAGUCAUUGAGAUGGUCAGAAAACGGCAGCUUUUACCCUGCUCUGAAGACUGCCCUCCCAGAAUGUACAGCUUGAUGUCAGAAUGCUGGCAUGAGCUGCCAUCUAGGAGACCAAAAUUCAAAGAUAUCCAUGCCAGGCUGCGCUCUUGGGAAGGGAUAUCAAGUCAUACUAGCUCUACGACGCCUUCUGGUGGAAACGCUACCACUCAAACGACAUCUCUCAGCGCAAGCCCAGUUAGCAACCUAAGCAAUCCCAGGUACCCUAACUACAUAUUUCCAGCACAAAGUAUGCCACAGGGCCAAAUAACUGGGUUUCUUGGCCCACCAAUACCUCAAAACCAGCGAUAUAUUCCUAUUAACGGAUAUCCGAUACCUCCUGGAUAUGCUGCUUUUCCUGCUGCCCACUACCAACCUGCAGGUCCACCCAGGGUCAUUCAGCACUGUCCUCCGCCCAAGAGUCGUUCGCCAAGCAGCGCCAGUGGAUCAACUAGCACCGGUCAUGUGACCAGCUUGCCUUCUUCAGGAUCCAAUCAGGAUGCCAAUAUCCCCUUGCUGUCCCAUAUGUCAGUGCCAAAUCAUCCAAGUGGGAUUAGCAUAACCGUUUUUGGAAAUAAGACUCAAAAACCCUACAAAAUUGACUCCAAACAACCAUCUUUAGAUUCUAGUAUUCAUGGGCAUAAUGAAACUGUGAUUUCAGCAGAGAUGUAAUAAGUAAGGGAGAUCUUUGUAAAUGAAUUUAUUUACAAUAUGAACUAGAGGGUUUUAGAGAUUUAUAUUCAAAUAUUUUAUUGGAUAUUUUUUUCCAGCUGUAUAAAGAGGUGUUUGCAAUAAGUAUCUUCUGUGAAGUUCUUAACAGGAAGUGCCAUUCAAAAAAAAAUUUUAAAUGUACUAACACUCAACACUGUGGCUGCAAAUUUAUUUUACAAAUAGUAAAGAGCAAAAGUAUUUCUAUGUUUUUAAGAAACAUAUUUAAUCAUGGGUUUUUUUAAGUGAAAUGUUUUCUGCCUCAGCAGUCUGACUACUCUGAACACAUGGUGAUGAAAUGUUAGGAAAAUUAAUUAUACUUCUGUUGGAUGAAAAAUUCACUAUUGGUCUGACAUUAUACCCAAAUGCAUAUUCCAGAACAGUGUUUCUCAACCUCAGCUGCUCCCAGAAUUCUCCAGCCAGCAUAUGGACACAUCUUAAAACUUGCUGAGGUUGAAUAAUCUUGAGUCGGACUACAACGAAACAUACUGCUGAAUUCAUACAAUACACUAAACAGUGGUGGGAUUAAAAAUUUUUUACAACCGGUUCUGUGGGUGUGGUUUGGUGGGUG